AUGCUUCUCAUCCACUAUUUCAACAUGUCACAUUUCAAACACUAUAACUAUUUUAGCACUGAAUUGGAGGUAGUGUUGUACGGAGAAACUGUGUUUUAUAUUUUGGACACCCUAAACAUGAUGUUCUACAUCUGGAUCUUGUUCUCAGCAAAACAGUUUCAUUACAACUUCAACCUCGUUUCUGGUGCUCAAUACAUUAUACAUUUCAUUGAUAACCUCGCCAUAAUGGUUAUGCGAUUUCAUUGGAUGUUGGGCUACACGGAUGACAUCGAUAUAUCGUCGAAUUAUGUUUUUAACUGGGCUAUGACUGUUUCAAUAUACUGCAUUGUUGCUGCGAUGUGCGCUUUACCUUGCUCUAUACUUGAACGAUGUUUUGCCACGUUGUAUCUGAAGGAUUAUGAGACAAAUCAACGACCAUAUAUCUCGUAUUGCCUGGUUUUUCUGCUCAAUCUACUUGGAGUUAUUGGAGCAUUGAUACUUCAGAACAAAAGCUACACAAUCUAUGUUGUCACCGCGUUAAUAGUUCUGAACAUAAUCGCUUUGUCGCUCAACAUAUUUCUUCGUGGCUGGAACAAGAGGAAGUAUAAAGAGUGCCAUAGCAGUAGUACUGUUCGGUUCAGCAGGAUUGGGAAGUAUUCUCUGGCGAAGAGAUUUCAGAUUUCGGAGAAUAUUAAGUCUCUUCAUAUGCUCAAUUUCAUAAUCUACUACAUGGGAUUUAUGAACGUUGUCCUCGUUGUCAGCAUCCUCGCCUCCAGUUUCGUUACAUCCCCAGAAAGCCAAGCGCUCUGCUCUCUAAUCCUCGAUGCCAGUAUAUUUUUAUAUAGUUUUGCUCUCCCUCAAAUUAUGACGUGUUUCUGCCAGAAAUGGAAGGUACAGACGAGCGCAUUUAAAGAGAAAUUGGGUUAUCCAAAGUCGACAAGCAUUGAGCCAUUGAGAGAUACAUUCGGAAGUGAUAUGCGAGAGGAUGUGUCUAUGAAUAGAUACUUCGACCAGUUGAAAGAAUCGUGGGAGAAUGCAUGA